GGCAGAAGCCCCGCGGCCCAGCACUCUCUGCCUCGAGGGUUUCCUCUAAGCUCGGCUGCGGCGGGAAGGGCGUGAGAUACAGCCUUUCUCCCCCAGAGCCUCCUGACUUGGAUCAGACUGUACUCAGGAGUGCAUUCGUGCACCGCGCCUGGAUUAACAUAGGGAGAGGCUAGUGGUAACAGGCCGAGCUGGAUGGAUGGGUAUGGGGAGAGGGGCAGGACGUUCAGCCCUGGGAUUCUGGCCGACCCUCGCCUUCCUUCUCUGCAGCUUCCCGGCAGGCAAGUCUGCCUGGCUGGCCACUGGUGGCCUUGGCAUGCUUUACAGAAGAAAUCCAGAAAGCCACACAAGGCAGAUUCCACCACAGUUCCCCAGGGACAAAAAUUUCGCCGUCUGUGAACCCAUUUCCGCGUGCAAGAUCCUUAAGUGCAACUCCGAGUUCUGGAGUGCCACGUCGGGCAGCCACAUCCCUGCUUCUGACGACGCGCCCGAGUUCUGCGCUGCCCUGCGUACCUACGCCCUGUGUACCCGGCGGACGGCCCGUACCUGCCGGGGCGACCUGGCCUACCACUCGGCGGUCCAUGGCAUAGAGGACCUCAUGAGUCAGCACAACUGCUCCAAGGACGGCCCCACCUCUCAGCCGCGCCUGCGCACACUCCCACCAGCCGGGGACAGCCAGGAGCGCUCGGACAGCCCCGAGAUCUGCCACUAUGAGAAGAGCUUCCACAAGCACUCGGCUGCCCCCAACUACACACACUGUGGCCUCUUUGGGGACCCACACCUCAGGACUUUCACAGACAGCUUCCAGACCUGCAAGGUGCAGGGCGCCUGGCCACUCAUCGACAAUAAUUACCUGAAUGUGCAGGUCACCAACACACCUGUGCUGCCGGGCUCUGCCGCCACUGCCACCAGCAAGCUCACCAUCAUCUUCAAGAAUUUCCAGGAGUGUGUGGAGCAGAAGGUAUACCAGGCUGAGAUGGAUGAGCUACCAGCUGCCUUUGCUGAUGGCUCCAAGAACGGUGGGGACAAACAUGGAGCCAACAGCCUGAAGAUCAUGGAGAAGGUUUCAGGACAGCAUGUGGAGAUCCAGGCCAAGUACAUCGGCACCACCAUUGUGGUUCGUCAGGUGGGCCGCUACCUGACCUUCGCGGUCCGCAUGCCUGAGGAAGUGGUCAACGCCGUGGAGGACCGGGACAGCCAGGGCCUCUACCUCUGCCUGCGGGGUUGUCCUGUCAACCAGCAGAUUGACUUCCAGGCCUUCCACGCCAAUGCCGAGGGCCCCCGCAGGCCAGCAGCCAGCAGCCCUUCCCCUGCGGCUCCCGAGACGUUCCCUUAUGAGACAGCUGUGGCUAAGUGCAAGGAGAAGCUCCCCGUGGAGGACCUGUACUACCAGGCCUGUGUCUUCGACCUCCUCACCACCGGUGACGUGAACUUCACACUGGCCGCCUACUAUGCCUUGGAGGAUGGCAAGAUGCUCCACUCCAACAAGGACAAACUGCACCUGUUUGAAAGGACUCGGGAGCUGCCAGGCACAGUGGCCAUGGCGACACUGUGCCCAGCCCCCCAGCUGCUCCUUGGCAUCCUCACACUCCUCAGCCUGCUGCCUGUGUUUUGGUAGGCACUGUCCAUGGAGAAUGCAGAGGGAGGUGUGAUCCAACCCUGCCCCCAGUCCCGGGCUUUGGCCCUUGGCUCCGCCUCUGCCUGAGGGCUAGAUAUCCCAUCAGGAUACAGACCAGCGGGUACACUUCCUGUGGCCCAGCCAUCUCUGCACCCUGCAGAAGUGGCCAUCGUCUGGUGGCCCAGGGAGGCCUCCUCAGAUCCACCCUCAGAGGUCUCUGGCUGAGGCUCAGGGCUUGGAGCAGCCCUCCCCUCUCUCUAGUGCUCGUGACAAGGUUGUGGUGAUUGGUUCUGUGAUGUUCGUGACAGUAGAGCCUGUGAGAGGGAGAACAGCUCCCCUCCACCCUGCCCCUGCCGUGUGAAUGUGCAACCAGAGCCCCCUAGGCUGAAGCCCCACCCCCCACACACACCAGAGAGACACUGGGAAUGUCAGCGUCAGCUCCUUCCACCCCCUCACGAUGCACUGAGACAGGCCCAGCUGACUGCCGCACACCAACUUGUGGGGCCUCCUGCGCCCACCCUUCUACCCACCCACACGCACGCACGCACGCACACACUCUUAUAAGACCACACUGGUGCACACUAAGCCCAUGGGGACACCCUGGUCAGGCUGCUGUCUCAGUGGGACUAAGGACUGCACAAGGCUCUUUCCUUAGGCGAGACCCCUAACUGUAGGAUACUUCCAAAGGGCACUGCUGGGCAUCUUUAGCAAAUGUAUGUUACCUUGUAGUCAGUAGGCUGUGUCCUCCUCGUUCCUUCCCACCUUAAUGCCUUCAUGAAGCUGGGCAGAGACCUCAUCCAGUUGCUGUGAGUAUGAGUUCCAGGCCCAGAAGCCCCACAGCUGGAGGGAGGAUGCAUGUUGGCCUCUGGACUGAGCAGUGCAACUCAUGGGCUCCAGUACCCAUCUCUCACUUUGCCCUCCGCCCUUUGAGGCCCCACUGUGCUUAGGAAAUCAAAGUGCUUGGUUCUUAAAGUCUAAACAGAAGCCAUCCCCCAGAUUCUGUUUCCUCCCCACCAGCAGAUGGAAGCGUCCCAGCAGGGGCUUCAGGGCCACAGGAUGUGAGCAGGAGACCUAGUAGAUAGGGCCAGCUGGCCUGCCCAUUCCUCUGAUCUCUCCUCACUUACAUUCCUCCACCCCAGAUAUCCCUGGCUGCUGGUGAGUGGCCCCACUGCCUGUCCUGGCCCUCUUGUCUGGAUUCCCAGGAGAGGAACAGGGUCUGAGAGGCCUCAUCCUCCCCUGGCAGAAUCUCUUCCCGUAAGGUCCUCCUUUGUCUGUGGCCAUAUGGCCAAAGACUUGCUACUGGCAGCCCAGCUCCCUGUCUUUCAGCCCAGGCUGAGUGCCUGUCCACAGAGCCCAGAACCAGUCCCAUCCCUGCUGCUGUUCCCGAGGCCCCCAGGGACCAGCCACCUCACCUGCAACCCAACCCGUCCCCACUCAGCAUCCCAGUAGCCCACUGGCUGCUCCCCAAGGACCUCUCAUACACUGGCCAGGAGGCUACAGAACAUGCCUCUCCCCUCCCUCCCUGAGGUCCUGCCCCCCCAGCCGAAACCACAUGGGUGGCUGAGAGGGGCUCAGCCCAGCCCCUCCCCCUCCCUGCUGGUUGGUUUUAGAUAUCCCUAUGUUGGAAGUAAAAAAGUUGAAGCACUUUAUUUUGGUUGUGUUUGAUCACAUUCUGCUUGGAAGUGGGGACCCCUCACUGCGUCCAUGUGUCUGCGACCUGUGUGGAGUGUCACCGCGUGUACAUACUGUAAAUUAUUUAUUAAUGGCUAAAUGCAAGUAAAGUUUGUUUUUGUUUUGUUUUGUUAUUUUCUUUUUGA